AUGAAGGAGAGCGUAAAAAACACCGGAAGGCUGUAUGUAAUGAAAACUGUUGUUCUCAAGUAUGUUCUUGGAUCUCCAGUUGUGAGGGUUAUGAUACUGCCAGUGGUGUUGCUGAUGCUAGUUGUUGCAUAUGGCGACAUUACUGUGCAGCAGAUUCUAGCAGAUAUACAGGAUGAGACAAAAGACACACAUUCAAACAGCAAUCAGAACAUUAAGGCAUAUGUGCUUGUUGCAUUAACAUCGUAUGCAUUUGGGCUUGUGUCGUUAAUGAUUAUGUCUAGCUAUGUGGAGACGAUAUGCAGGGUUUACAUUGUUGAUCAAUACCGGGAUCACAUCUCAAUGUCGUUUCCGGACUUCAAGCGCCUUGGAGUUGGAAACAUGAUUUCAUUUAUGAACAGAAAGGUGGGAUCGCUACGGGAUGUCCUUGAAUCGAUAGUGAAGUAUUUUAUCAUAGGAGUGUGCUACAUAACGAUGACAAUGAUGAAGAUUGGAUCGAAGCUUGAAUGGUAUUAUAUGAUGCUCAUGAUUAUUGUGUCUGUGAUAUAUGGAGUGUCUGUGUUUUUUGUGAACUACUACAGAAGCAUUAUCCGGCCAAAGCUGAACAGGGAGAUUGAUCUGUCAAGAAGGAAGGUUUAUAACAACUUGAUGAAUCACGAUAUAAUCAAGUCGUACAACAACGAGGAAGAAGAGGCGAAUGAUCUGCACAGGUCGAUGGAGAUGCUGACUAAGUACGCAAAGAUGUUCUGGGGAUGGCAUCAGGUGGGCAACUUUGUUGGAGAGAACAUAUUUACUGUUGCGAUGUUUGCGAUUACGAUGUACUUUGCAAUGGGGGAGGCAAGCAAGAUUAAGUCUAAGGAUUAUAUGCUAAUGAUUUCACUGAGCAAUCAGCUGAGGAUAUAUUGUGUGGAGAUCAGCAAUAGCUUUGGAUCGAUACUAAUGAACCUGACGAACAUAGCACAGACGAGAAGCGAAGAGGAAAAGCCCGACAUGCAAGAGUAUGGAUACUACAAGGAUUGUCUUGAGACAUCUAUUCAGAUAGUUGAUGCAAAUGUGUGUGUUGAUGGAAAGAAGCUUGUUGAAGGAUUGAAUAUGGAGAUACGGAUGGGAGAGAAGAUUGGAAUUACAGGGGGGAAUGGAAGUGGUAAGACGUCGUUUGCAAGGGCGUUGCUGGGGUUUUUCGAUUAUUCAGGAAGUAUUCUUGUGGAUGGGGUGGAAUUGAGGACUCUUAGCAAGAAGGGAUUGAGGAGAAUGAUAUCUUAUUCACCACAAGAGCUGCAACUGUUUGAUGACACUGUUAUGAACAACAUUAAUGACGGGAAUCUUGAGAUGGGCAGAGAAGAGAUUGUUGAGCAUUGCAAGAUGUAUGGAGUUGAUGAGAUGUUUCAGAGUUUUGAGAAAGGAUAUGACACGUUUGUUGGAAUGGGUGGAAAGAGACUGAGUGGUGGGCAGAAGCAAAGAGUAAGCCUGAUGCGAGCAGUUGUGAAGGAUGCAUCUGUGUAUGUUUUUGAUCAGAUGACAUCACAUCUUGAUAAAGAAACAGAGAUAAAUCUUGUGGACAUGAUCAUGAAGAACCUUGCAGACAAGACGGUGAUAAUGAUUAUGCAGAAUGCAGAUGUGUUUGAGAAGUUCGACAGGAUAUAUAGAUUUACAUCGCCAGAGGGCCACUGA